AUUUUGCGAACGGCGAAUAGCGGCGGCGGCGCGGAGGGGCGCAGCGGAGGUUUUCCUGGUUUCGGACCCCAGCGGCCGGAUGGUGAAAUCCUCCCUGCAGCGGAUCCUCAACAGCCACUGCUUCGCCAGAGAGAAGGAAGGGGAUAAAGCCAGCGCCACCGUCCACGCUACCCUCAUCAUGCCGCUCCUCAGUCUCCAUAGCCGCGGCGGCUGCAGCAGCGAGAGUUCCAGGGUCUCCCUCAAUUGCUGUAGUAACCUGGGUCCGGGGCCUCGGUGGUGCUCCUGAUGUCCCUCACCCACCCCUGAAGAUCCCAGGUGGGCGAGGGAAUAGCCAGCGGGAUCACAGUCUUUCAGCUAACUUAUUGUACUCUGAUAAUCGGCUGAAUGUAACAGAGGAAUUAACGUCUAACAACAAGACGAGGAUUCUUAAUGUCCAGUCCAGGCUCACAGAUGCCAAACACAUUACCUGGAGAGCAGUGCUGAGUGGCCGCAGCCUGUACAUCGAGAUCCCUGGCGGUGCACUGCCCGAGGGGAGCAAAGACAGUUUCGCAGUUCUUCUCGAGUUUGCAGAGGAGCAGCUCCAAUCCGACCAUGUUUUCAUCUGCUUCCACAAGAACCGAGAGGACAGAGCUGCCUUGCUCCGCACCUUCAGCUUUUUGGGCUUUGAGAUUGUGAGACCAGGGCAUCCCCUCGUCCCCAAGAGACCCGACGCUUGCUUCAUGGCCUACACUUUUGAGAGAGAGUCUUCUGGUGAGGAAGAAUAGUAGUGGCAGUGGCCUGCUGGCCUUGCGCUCCUGGGAGAUGGGGCUGGAGGUCGGAGCCCCCUCCCUGGCAGUCCCUGCUGUUGCUGCGGGGUUGGAGGGCCACUGCUGUGCUGGGGUGGAAAUGUCAGACUUGUUCAUCUCUUCUGGGUUUGUCCGCAUGUUGUAAUUGUGCAAAUAAAUGCUCACUCCAAAUUAGCGGUAUAUUUCUUGAAGUUUAAUAUUGUGUUUGUGAUACUGAAGUAUUUGCUUUAAUUCUAAAUAAAAAUUUAUAUUUUACUUUUUUAUUGCUGGUUUAAGAUGACUCAGAUUAUCCUUGUAUUUGAGGAGAAGUUUCUUAUUUGAAGUCUUUUGGAAACAGUCAUAGGUCUCAACUUGGAAAGAUAGGUAUUAAUAAUGUACCCUUCUUUUGCUCUCAAAAAUUCAAAUAAAAGUGAUUACAC